CACCUAUUCACUUCUAUUUGUUUUCCUCAAGGUUAGAAGGUAGGCAAGAUGUCUUUGCUGCGGUUUGGGACGUCGUUCAUCCCCCGUGCACUCAGCUGCCAACUGCCAUGCACGUCCUACUUGCAGCAGCGUUCAAGUACGGACUACUCUUCGUCUCAGCUGACGCUCAGAGUCCGCAAGCGCAUAGAAGAGACGCGGGAGAGGGCGCUACAGGGAGGAGGUCCCAAACGCAUUGAGAACCAGCAUAGGAAGGGUAAGUUGACAGCCAGGGAGAGGGUCAACCUGCUACUGGACGAGGGGACAUUCGUAGAAUAUGACAGGAAUGUGGAACAUGACUGCACUGAGUUUGAUAUGGAAAAGCAAAAGUUUCCUGGAGACAGUGUUGUGACUGGCCAUGGCAGGAUCAAUGGAAGGGUGGCCUUUGUCUUCAGUCAGGAUUUCACUGUCUUUGGAGGAAGUUUGUCCAAGGCCCAUUCUCAAAAGAUUUGCAAGGUAAUGGACCAAGCCAUGCAAGUAGGAGCUCCUGUGAUUGGUCUAAAUGACUCUGGUGGUGCCAGAAUUCAGGAGGGUGUGGCUUCAUUGGCUGGAUAUGCUGACAUUUUCCAGCGCAAUGUGAUGUCAUCUGGGGUGAUUCCUCAAAUUUCCCUCGUCAUGGGGCCAUGUGCAGGUGGUGCUGUGUAUUCUCCAGCUUUGACAGACUUCACUUUUAUGGUCAAGGACACUUCCUAUCUUUUCAUCACAGGACCAGAUGUGGUCAAGGCUGUUACAAAUGAGGAUGUGACACAAGAAGAGCUUGGAGGAGCUAAAACUCACACAUCUGUUUCAGGAGUGGCACAUGGAGCUUUUGCCAAUGAUGUGGAAGCCCUUGAGAAACUGAGAGAGCUGUUCAAUUUCCUUCCUCUAAGUAACAAAGAUCCAUCUCCUAUGAGAGAUUACGAUGAUCCAUGGGACAGAGAUGUCCCAGGACUGGAAACUGUAGUACCACUGGAGAGUACUGCGGCCUAUGACAUGCAUGAUGUUAUCUAUGGGGUUGUUGAUGAGAGAGACUUCUUUGAGAUCAUGCCAAACUUUGCUAAGAACAUCAUAGUUGGCUUUGCACGUAUGGCAGGAAGAACAGUAGGCAUUGUGGGUAAUAACCCCAAAGUUGCUGCAGGUUGUCUUGACAUCAACUCUUCAGUGAAAGGAGCCAGGUUUGUGAGGUUCUGUGACGCAUUCAAUAUUCCUCUCAUCACAUUUGUGGACGUCCCAGGAUUCCUGCCAGGUACUAAUCAAGAGUAUGGAGGUAUUAUCCGUCAUGGAGCCAAGUUCAUCUACGCCUACGCUGAGGCUACAGUUCCAAAAAUCACUGUCAUCACAAGAAAGGCAUAUGGUGGAGCCUAUUGUGUCAUGAGCUCAAAGCAUCUCCGUGGUGAUACAAACUAUACCUGGCCCACAGCUGAAGUGGCAGUAAUGGGAGCACAGGGAGCAGUGCAGAUUAUUUUCCGUGAUGAACAGAAAAGAUCAGCGGCGGAGAAGGAAUAUGUGGAGUCAUUCUCAAAUCCUUUCCCAGCUGCUGUCAGAGGCUAUGUUGAUGACAUCAUCAUGCCUCACACCACUAGGAAACGCAUCAACCAGGACCUGGCGCUCCUACAGAGCAAGAAGCAAGAAAACCCCUGGAAGAAACACGGAAAUAUCCCUUUGUAAAGAUGGCCUCUUUCUCGCACAAGUCAAGGUUGCUUGUCAACAGGUGCUUCAGCUUAGACUAAACACACUGGAAAUAUCAUUGAAAUGUCAUACACUGCAAGCUGGAGUAGAAGUUAAUAAUAUUCUUGUGGAGAGAGUGAAGUGAUUUAGAUAAGGAUAAAUGUAUAGAUACCAUGAUAAUGACUGUACACUUGUACAUUUGUUCUUCUUCCAGCUUACAUAUACAGUAGACUUCACAUAUUAUACAUCUCUCUUUAACUGGACACUACCAUUACCACUACCAUAGUGUACUUAAUCCCAGAUGCCCCAGUCCCGUCUGACAAGGAACAGUAGAUUCACAUAACCAACUUGGCACAAAAAUUGCCAGUGUCAAUUAGAACAUGAUAUAUGGGAGGUCUACUGUAUGUGUAAUAUAGUGGCAUUUUUACAGUAAUUUUGCCUAUCAGAAGGCAAGGUGAUCCAUGCACUUGAAAUUUGAAUGAAAUUCUAAACAUUUUUUUCUGAUCAUUGAACAAUGCUCUCAGUUGUCAGCAUAUAGGUCUUUAGUUGGCGUUUUUUUUUUUUUUUUUUUUU